GAAGACAAUGGAAUAUUAGAGUUUGUUAUUGAAAAUGUGGCAUCAAUUCCGUAAAUGCAGUUAGUUUUAGAUUUAGGGCUCUAAGUAUUUUCUUAAAAUUUAAAUAUUUUAUUAUAUUAAAACAUAAUUAAAAAAUGGAUCAAAAUGACGGUACGCCCACUGGGUAUGGGCGUGGACGGCCUGUAGAUACUUCAGAACUUCGCCGUCCUCUAUCAUAUUCCACGUACGCAAGCCCAGAAUAUGUACCAACAGAAGGUAGCAAUACAAAUGGAAUGUACCCGGAAACGUCAUGGCACAAUUCUGCUCGCGACAUGAGUUAUCUUGCAUCGCCAUCUGGUGACCAUGUGAGAUCGCCUCAAAAUCAUGGUGUCUCAAUUAGUAAUCCUGUUGAUAAAGAUGGCAAAGCUUCAAAAUUGUCCCCUUAUGCUAAAGAAUUUGUUCCUCGUAAUUUCAGACCUGAACCUAGAAUAAUUGCUGCUGAGAUUCCUGAUGAACCUAUUAUAGAUCCUUUACCAGAUUCAUACCCAGUGCAAGAAUUAAGAUCAUUUUUGAAUGAUAUAACAAUGAACCCUGGAAAAUUUGAAAGAAAAAUUGGACCUUUAACUGAUACUUUAAAUAGUAUGGUGGAUGAUGAUGAUACUAUGCGAGCAAUUGUUAAUAUUAUUUUUGAUGAAUCUGUUAGGCAGCCUAAUUUGCGUUACAGUGGUGCUAGAUUAUGCAAGUCACUAUGUAAUGACCUGGAUGCAUCUCCUGAUCGCCUCAACUUCCGAUCUGUUCUUUUAACUAGAUGCAAUCAAGAAUUCAAACGUAGAGAUGCCCUUGCUCAAGCUGAAGAUGGUGGUACCUACUUAAGAGGAUUUGCUAUAUUUAUGGCAGAGCUCUUUUCUCAGUUGGAGGUAAUGAAGCAAAGAGUUACAGUACUUGGAGAUAGCCUACCAAAUCUUAUUAAAACUAUUUUAAAUUUUUCAUCUUCAGACAACUUAAAGUGUGCCUGUCAAAUUCUUAAGCUUGUAGGUGCAUAUUUGGAAGAUUAUGAAAGAGCCAAACAAGUAAAUAAUGGAACUGCUCCAGAAAUGGAUGUGAUAAUGUUCACAUUAAAGAACUUGGCAAGCAACCAAGAAUUUACUCGAAAUAUCAGAGAUAUGAUUAAUAGUGUUAUAAAGCUUCGUGAAAGUGAUUGGGGACGAUCAUCACACACUACUGAGAACUCUGGUUACGAAACAGCUCCCCCAACAUCAUUAGAUGAGCCUGUCAUGUAUGGCCCUGAUGGGAAACCUAUGACUGCUGAUGAAUUAAUGUUUUUACAAUCUCAGUAUGCUAGUGGUAACUUAACUCCAGAUGCUGAUGAUUAUGACUUAUAUAAUGAUGAUGUGGGAGAUGAACUGUCUGAUGAAAUAUCUGAAGCUUAUGAAGUUUUCCUUAGAGACCAGCAAGCAUUGAGGCAUUGAAACAGUUGUGUUUACGUUUCUUCUGUCGUUUGGUGUAAAUUGUUUCCCCCUUUGCACAACUACAUGACUUAACCAUUCUCUUUCUAGACCAACUGGCUGGUUCUUAGUAAACACUGGAAGUGAUAGUAGAGUGUAGAACAUCACUUUCAGAUGAAGUAUUAACUUCCAUCCAUUUGUAGGAGGUUUUGCUUUUUCUAUUGUAUAUUCAUUAUCAAACACUUCUGCAUUUCUGUUAAAUGUCUUUGAAAGCAUUUGAUUAUUCCUCUCGGAUGGAAAAAUAAAUAAGCUGUUCAGGAAGCCGGAUAGCAGCUAAACCGUUGUUAUAUUUGGUCACAUUUUCUUGGCAAUUGAACUGUAGUUAAUGUUUGAAUGAACCGGGGUUUAUAAUAUCUGUUAGAGAAAAAUAUACUGCGGAAA